UGAAAAAAAAAGGAAAUUUAAACAGCUUCAUAUUCAUAGCUGGCUACCGUGAAACUACUCUGUUUCUAAAAAAGAAGAAGUAAUGGGAAAAGGCAACUGAGACUGGGAAAAGGCAUUUGACUGAAAACAGGGGAUGUGAAAUUGUGAACACAAACACACGGAGAAAGAAAGAACAGAGUACAAUCCUUUAUUAAACAGCCUAUAAAUAUCAAUUGGAUCCGGCUUUGUUUCAAGUGGGUUUCGAGCAUUACAAUCACAGUUGGUCUUCUCUAAUUUCAAUUUCCAAAUAUAUACAAAAGAAAAAAAGAAAAAGAAAAACAGGAGUCGUUGGAUUGUCUGAAACCGGAGUGUUUUCAGGAGGUUUUGGAGACCAUCGCUGCUGUAAUUCCUUCUCACAAAUGGCUACAAUGAAGUGUAAAAGAGAGUCUUUGUCGUCACCAUCUUCUUCUUCAACACGUCAAUGGAAAUACGAUGUAUUUCUUAGUUUCAGGGGUGAGGAUACCCGUAAUAAUUUUACUGACCAUCUAUAUGUUGCUUUGCAACGAAAGGACAUUUUAACAUUUAGGGAUGAAAAACUUGAGAAAGGAAAAUCUAUUUCUGAGCUCUUCAAAACAAUAGAAAAAUCACAAAUUGCUAUAAUCAUUCUCUCAAAAAACUAUGCAUCUUCUACGUGGUGCUUGGAUGAGCUUGCCAAGAUUGUCAAAUGCAGGGAAGAAAUGGGAUUGAUAGUUUUGCCGAUUUUUUAUGAUGUUGACCCGACUGAUGUACGGAAUCAAACAGGAACUUUUGAACAAGCCUUUACUGAUCACCAGGAACGCUUUAAAGAUAACACAAAGAAGGUGGAAACAUGGAGAGCUACUUUAAGAAAAGUGGCUGAUAUCUCUGGUUGGCAUUUACAAAACAGGCGUGAGGCAGAAUUUAUCCAAGACAUUGUGAAUGAGAUAAUGGAGAAAUUGAGUUCAAAAUCCUCAAGCUCAUUUGCUGGUGAUGAUGAUGAUGAUGAUGAUGGUGAUGUAUAUGUAGAUGAUGAUGAUGAUGAUGAUGCUUCAUAUGAUGAUGAUGAUGAUGAUGCAUAUGCAGAUGAUGAUGUAUAUGUAGAUGAUGAUGCAUAUGCAGAAGAUGAUGAUUAUUGA